GUGGCAGUCUGCGCACGCGCGGAUCGGACGGGACGGGCCCCGUGGCCGUGGUGCUGGCUGGUGAGAGCGCGGGGCGCCGAGGUUCAAAAACCUUUGUGCUGAAGGAAUACUUACUGGUGUAGCUGCAGAAUGUCAAGUACUGUGUCGUACUGGAUAUUAAAUUCUGCAAGGAGCGGCAUCACCACGCUACAAGGGGGACGACGUUUGUACUCGAGGUGUGCCUCCAACAGGAAGAAGUCAAAAUGGAGCCUCUUUCCCCCUGCACCAGCCACCCUUAAAGGUCCAGGCUUUGCUUUGCAGAAAGCCUGCAGACACACUUCCACGGAAGAAGAUGAUUUCCACUUGCAGCUGAGCCCUGAGCAGGUAAAUGAAGUGCUGCGUGCUGGUGAGUCAGCCCACAAGAUUCUCGACCUAGUCGGCAAAGUCCCUAAUUCCGUCUUGCGAUUCGAGAGCAACCAGCUGGCUGCCAAUUCCCCAGGGGAAGACCGGCAAGGGGCAGCGUCCUGCCUGCAGACCAGCGGGCUGCUGUUUGGCAUCUUCGAUGGACAUGGUGGCCAUGCCUGUGCUCAAGCAGUGAGCGAGAGGCUCUUCUACUACAUGGCAGUGUCACUGAUGUCGCAGCAGACUCUGGAGCAGAUGGAGGGCGCAGUGGAGAGCAUGAAGCCCCUCCUGCCUAUCCUGCAGUGGCUCAAGCACCCAGGGGACAGUAUCUACAAGGAUGUCACCUCCGUGCACCUUGAUCACCUACGUGUCUACUGGCAGGAGCUGCUUGACUUGCACAUGGAAAUGGGACUGAACAUUGAAGAAGCGUUGAAGUACUCCUUCCAGAGACUGGAUUCUGACAUCUCGCUGGAAAUCCAGGCUCCCCUGGAAGAUGAGAUGACGAGAAACCUUUCGCUCCAGGUAGCGUUCUCCGGAGCAACAGCUUGCAUGGCCCAUGUCAAUGGAGUUCACUUGCAUGUGGCCAAUGCUGGCGACUGCCGAGCCAUCCUCGGUGUCCAAGAGGACAAUGGCGUGUGGUCCUCUCUGCCUCUCACCCGAGACCAUAACGCUUGGAAUGAAGCCGAGCUGUCACGGCUGAAGAGGGAGCAUCCUGAGUCAGAGAACAGGACUGUCAUCAUGGACAACAGGCUUCUGGGCAUCCUCAUGCCCUGCAGGGCUUUUGGGGAUGUCCAGCUGAAGUGGAGUAAAGAGCUACAGCGCAGUGUCCUGGACAGGGGCUUUGACACGGAGGCCCUCAACAUCUAUCAGUUCACCCCACCACACUACUAUACUCCCCCCUACCUGACGGCUGAGCCUGAGGUCACCUACCACAGGCUCAGGCCCCAGGACAAGUUCCUUGUGCUGGCCUCAGAUGGCCUGUGGGAUGUGCUGGACAACGAAGACGUGGUGAGACUGGUGGUGCAGCACCUGACUGAAGAGGGUCAGCACAAGCCAGCCCUGGCCCAGAGACCCACCAAUCUGGGACUCAUGCAAAGCCUGCUGCUGCAGAAGAAAGCCAAGGGGCUCCACGCCGCCGACCAGAACGCAGCCACGCGUCUCAUCAGACACGCCAUCGGGAGCAACGAGUACGGGGAGCUGGAUCCCGAGCGGCUGGCAGCAAUGCUGACGCUCCCGGAGGACUUGGCGCGGAUGUACAGGGAUGAUAUCACUAUCACUGUGGUGUAUUUCAACUCAGACUUAAUUGAGACAUAUUACAAGGGGGGGUAAGAGGUUCUCAUCCUGUCGCCAACAUGAACUCAAAUGCUUUUCUAAAACAGUUUCUUUUACUCUUAAACUGGCUAUUCAAAGUUGACUUAAAAGGGCAGGCAGAUGUAACUUGCUUAAUAGACUAACAUGCAAGAAAAAAAGACGACAAAAAACACCAGCUUAGGUUUAUAAACAGCAGCAGUGAUGUUAUGUCCCUGCCUGUUUU